AUGGGAAUGUCGUGUGAGGAUUAUUUCGUGCACACGUGUGGCAAGUGGAACUCCAAGAUCUUCAAUAACACGGACUACCUCAAAAUGUUCUUUGUCGAUCAGCUGGAGUUCAUCAAUCAAAAAGUGCAAACAUUGCUAGAUUCCCGCCGAGAAAACAGCAAGUUAUUGUACAUGAGGCAUAUCAACAGUUUCUAUGUUUCAUGUCUUAAUCCUGAUGAAAGCGAUUAUAAGUUGGAUGUCGUUUUGGAUAAGCUGCUAGAGAUUACUUCAUUUCCAAAGCAAGAAAUUUUACCCUCCUCAUCUUCCUUAUCGUCACCUCCAUUGAUUGAGAGCAUCCUAGCUCAAAUAAAGAAAAUUUUUGAUGUGGAUGUCUUUUUCAAGUUGAGCGUGAAGCCAAUGAACAGGCGAUCAAGCGUCAACCAGAUCAUCUUGGGACCAAACCGCCGUAUCCUGCAAGCCGAUCAAUUAUUUGACAUGGACCUCACUUCUCCUUUCAUGGAAGGAAUCCUCGAACGAUACUCGCUGACCGCAGAAACACUGCAGAGAGUGAAGCAGCUUCACAGGACACUGCUUGAUGUAACUUCCAAGUUAUUCUAA